AAGAAUGGGGCUUCUCCGGAUGGGGACAAUGAUUCAUGUGCUGGUGCUUGUCCUCAGCCAAAUUUAUGCUUUCCCCAAACCAGAGGGCAUCCAAGACAAAUCUCUACACAACAGAGAACUAAGUGUAGAAAGGCCUUUGAAAGAACAGAUUGCUGAAGCUGAAAAGGAUCAGAUCCUGAAAACAGCCCCUCCAGAAAACAAGGCAGGGGAAAGAAAUUAUUCUUCUGAUAACUUGAACCUGCUAAAGGCAAUAGGAGAAAAAGAGAAAAAGGAGAAAGAAAGGAAAUCAAUACAAAACUCACCACAUAAGAAAUUGAUCAUGGAAGAGGUAGACUCAACCAAGAAUCACAGACUGGUGGAUGACUAUGAUUCUACUAAAAGUGGAUUAGAGAAUAAAUCUCAAGAUGAUCCAGAUGGCCUUCAUCAGCUGGAUGGAACUCCUUUAACUGCUGAAGACAUUGUCCAGAAGAUAGCCACCAGAAUUUAUGAGGAAAAUGACAGAGGAGUAUUUGAUAAAAUUGUUUCUAAACUUCUGAAUCUUGGUUUGAUUACAGAAAGUCAAGCAUACACACUGGAAGAUGAAGUGGCCGAGGUCUUACAGAAGUUAAUCUCUAAGGAAGCCAGAAAUAAUGAGGAAGAACCUGAUUAUCCUUCCAGCAGGACAGAGAACUAUGCUGAAAACCUCCCAGAGGAAAUGACUCUAAAACCAACCAUUCAAGAUGGUCCUACUAAUGGAGAAAGUGAUGAUACAGUACGUAAGACCUGGACCAUGCCUAACACCUUGGAAAGAAGAAACAAACUUUAUACCGAAGACAAUUUUGAUGACCUCCAGUAUUUUCCAAACUUUUAUGCACUACUAAAAAGCAUUGACUCAGAGAAAGAGGCUAAAGAGAAAGAAACACUGAUUACUAUAAUGAAGACAUUGAUUGACUUUGUGAAGAUGAUGGUUAAAUAUGGCACAAUUUCUCCAGAAGAAGGUGUUUCAUACCUUGAAAACUUGGAUGCAACAAUAGCUCUACAAACCAAGAAUAAGCUCGACAAAAAUGCCACUGACAAUAAAAACAGAUUGCUUAUGGUUCCUUCAGAUAAGAGUCAUGAAGAAACAGACAGUACAAAGGAGGAAGCAGCUAAAAUGGAAAAGGAAUAUGGAACACAAAAAGAUUCCACAAAAGAUGGGUCUAACACACACCAAAACAACGAGGAACCAGAAGGGAAAACAGAGGCUUAUUUGGAAGCCAUCAGAAAGAACAUUGAAUGGCUGAAGAAACAUGAUAAACAAGGAAAUAAAGAAGAUUAUGACCUUUCAAAGAUGAGGGACUUCAUCAACCAACAGGCUGACAUUUAUGUGGAGAAAGGCAUCCUUGAUGAUGAAGAAGCGGAGACUAUCAAACGUAUUUAUAGCAGCCUGUAGAAAAGACAAGGAAUCUAGGAAGGAUGCAAAAGGCUCCUAACUGUAGAGCACUUAGGAAAACAUGCUCUAGCUUCAAUCAACUUCUAGUCCUGUGAUCUGAGUUCUAUUCGUUUAAGGAUUAAUAGAAAAUG